UGGUGCAUGCACGUCUCGCAGCCUGGGUGAAGCUUACCUCAAACCUCUAUAUUUCAAUCCGAUAUCUCUAUCUGACCUUACUGUACUAUUUGUUGGUUGCUACGAUUUCAUUGAUCAACGACUCAAGAUGUCAAUCACGACACCUGUAACCCAGCUUCUGGGCAUCCAGCACCCGAUUUUGCUUGCCGGAAUGGGCCAGACAUCUGGACCUCCCCUGGCAGCUGCUGUGUCGAAUGCCGGCGGCCUUGGAGUCAUCGGUGGUGUCGGUUAUACGCCCAAGAUGCUGAAGGAGAUGAUUGAUGAGUUGAAGGCUGAGCUCAAAGACCCGUCACUCCCGUUCGGUGUCGACCUUUUGAUUCCUCAAGUCGGAGGAUCCGCGCGCAAGACAAAUGUCGAUUACACCAAAGGCUCGCUCAACGAACUCGUCGAUAUCGUCAUCGCCGGUGGCGCCAAAGUGUUCGUAUCAGCCGUCGGGGUGGCACCGAAACAUGUCGUCGACAAGCUGCACGCCAAUGGUAUCUUGUACAUGAACAUGAUCGGCCACCCCAGGCACGUGCACAAAGCCUGUGCUGCCGGAGCGGACAUCAUUUGCGCACAAGGUGGUGAAGCUGGUGGCCACACAGGAGAUACUCCGACCAGCGUCCUCAUCCCAGCUUGCGCCGACUUGGUCAAGAAAUACACCUCCCCGCUGACAGGUAAACCCGUCCAAUUGGUCGCAGCCGGCGGCAUCUACGACGGUCGUGGCAUUGCAGCAAGCCUGAUGCUCGGCGCCGGCGCAGUCUGGGUCGGCACACGCUUCGUGACAGCCAAAGAAUCGGGAGCCCCGGAGAUCGCCAAACGAGCCAUCAUUGAAGCCAAUUUCGACAGCACAAUCAAGUCCACAAUCUGGACAGGUCGACCCCUUCGCUCUCUGGCGACGCCCUACGUGCGCAACUGGGAACUCAAUCGACAAGACGAAUUGAGGGCUCUCCAAGCCAAAGGCAUCACGGCGUUAUCUCACGAAUUGGACCACCUCGAGAAGAUAGGCGGUAUCACCGAAGAUAUUGAUGAGCAAUCGAUAAUGAGACCAAUGGGCGUCGUGGCCGGACUGGUGAACACCCCGAAUCAGAGCGCAGCCGAGAUCGUCAAGGAGAUGGUCGAUGAUGCUACUCGCCUCCUCAGUGGAGCGGGCAACUACUUGAAGCCUGUUGCGAAGCUGUAGAGAGUAAUCACAAAAUAUAAUGAAGAGAAGUACUUGAGAA